AUGCGACUCCUCAAGUCCCUCCACUCGUUGCUCAACGGCGCUGCCACAAGAUGGCUCCUCCCGCUCAGCGUCACGGGUUUCGUCUACCUAUACCUCUACCCAGUCUUCAAGGGCUGCGCAUUCCCCUUGGCUCAUGGCCAAUCCCCAUGGGAAAUCAAUUCACGAUUCAUAGGGAAGCUGCAACAGAAUGCCUUUGCCAAUACCGUACUUCAACACCUCGGAGUCCCGAACUUCGCGCCGGACGACCCGCCCGCCAUCUUCAGGCUCCUAGUCCUCGCAGACCCUCAAUUGGAAGGCGAUACCUCUCUCCCGCUUCCAGAAUGGAAGCUGAUACCGCGCAUACGCAAGCACUGGCGCGCCGUCCGCGAGACCUCGGAUUCCUCGCGGUUCCCGUACCCGCUCUCUCUCCUGAACCGUGAGCUCUUCACCGGAGUGAAGACCAUCGCAGUCGAAGACAUACCGCGCUCUCUGCGGGCAGUGCAGAAGCAAAUCGACCUGCUUGGCAACGACUGGUACCUAGCGCAUAUCUACCGCACCCUAUUUUGGUGGACUCGACCGACGCAUACAACCGUGCUGGGAGAUCUUCUGGGCAGUCAAUGGAUUGACGAUGGCGAAUUCGCAUCGCGCAGCUGGCGUUACUGGAAGCGCGUAUUCCGUGGCGGCCUGCCCGUGGACGACCACAUCACACGCACGGGAGAAAUUGGGAGCACUGGCAACGUCAACAAGGAUCCAGAGCUUAAACAAUACAGCGAGCCUCUAGGAGAGGACGCCGACCCGGCCUGGCCCAGGCGGGUGAUCAAUGUUGCCGGUAACCACGACAUCGGCUAUGCAGGCGACGUAAGCGAGGCACGAAUGGAGCGUUUCGAGCGCGAAUUCGGCCGUGCGAACUGGGAUAUCCGGUUCCAGCACCCGCCUGUCGUGCUUCCCAAUACUACCCACGGGGACACACGUGUUGAACCUACACUACAUAUCAUCAAUUUGAAUACGCUUACUCUCGAUACGCCUGCGCUGUCCAAGAGUGUCCAGGACCACACCUAUGCAUACCUCAAUGACCUCAUUGGCAGGCUGCACCCUGUCGAGGACAACUCAACAUUUACUUUGCUCCUCACGCAUCUACCUCUACACAAGGAGGAAGGUGUCUGUACAGAUGAACCCUAUUUCUCAUUCCACGAUGAUGAUGACAAGGACGGACCGGACGGAGUUCCGCGCUUCAAGUCCGGUGGCUUGAAAGAGCAGAAUCACCUGAGCGAGUUCGCCAGUGCCAACGGCAUCUUGCAAGGCAUUUUUGGAAUGAGUGGCGACAAGAAAGCUCCUGUUGGUGGGCACGGCCGGGAGGGACUAAUUCUCACUGGUCAUGACCAUACUGGUUGCGAUGCGGUGCAUUACGUUUCGCAAAACCAAAGCGAGAAGAGCUGGCAGUGGGCCGCGAGACGGUAUAAUGGCUCUAAUAUCAAAGAGGAAGAAACCCCGUCCAUCCGUGAGGUGACGCUUCGCUCGAUGAUGGGUGAAUUCGGUGGUAAUGCUGGCCUACUCUCCAUCUGGUUUGAUGCCAACCUUGGUGGAUGGGAAUACGCAAUUACCAUGUGCCCUGCUGGUGUGCAGCAUAUAUGGUGGGCGGUGCAUGUGAUCAUUCUGGUGCAUUUCAGUGUCGAGUUCGCUCGGUUUGUGGUCUGGUUGGCUUUGCGUGCCCAGGAGAUAAGAGUGUCGAAGACGACCUUGGUGGGCAAGAAAAUCGAAAUCACAGCUGUCCCCCGUGCGGCAUGUCAAUUUCCCACACGGAAGGCCAAGAGAAGAAAAGGGAAAGGGGAAAGGGAAGUAAGAAGGGAAGGUGAUAUGUAG